AUGCUAAUCCGCACCACCCUCCGAGCAACCGCUCGCCUCCUCCUCACAACCCGCCAAACCCAAACUCAACUCCUCCGCCACGCCUCCGGCUCCCACUCCGCCGACAACCCCAUCCCAGCCAACGACCCGAACCCCAAACCCGCCCACUCCCCAGUCAGCCCCAACACGACCAAUGCCGUCGCGACCUCAAGUGAAGGCAGUUUCGAUAAGAUCCUACAGGAGUCGCCGCAGCAGGGGGAGGAGUAUAGAGUGAUGCAGGCGCCGAAUCGGGAGAUGGUGUGGAGUAGGAAUCAGAAACCCAGACGGGAGGCCAUGGUUGGGCCGAGGUUUGAGCAGACAAUUAUGGAGGAUCAGCUAUCGACCUCAUCCAUAAGCAGCCUGUACGCUGGACAAAGCAACGCGUAG